AAAUCAUUUACUGACCGUCUUAAAAGGUUGUCGGUUAACCUGUCGACUUCUAGGUUAACUGUUUCUUUGUCGGCAUGAAUCUCGGAGACGGCCUGCUGUUUGAACUUGAAAAUGGAAAACCCAAGUUGAUUUUACUCAGUCGUGGCGUUGAGAAGAAUCCAGCAAAGCCGUCCUUCAGAUCCAGAGCGGCUAACGUCCUGAGCUCCAGGCAGCCGUCCUGUGUGGAGGAGGCGCAGGGAGAGGAGCGUCCGGCCCGGCAGCAGCAUGCGGGGAGGCACAGAGAAACCAAGAGCAAGGCAGGAGGAGCAGCCGCCUCCUUCACCUCCAACACCAACACCACCGGGGGGAGGAGCUCCACUCUGACAUCAUCCAAGACAAAUGAACAUCACAAAGGAGUAAGCGUCAAAGCUGUGGCCAAGGUGAAGUCAGACAGACACAAACACGGCACUGAAGUCAACUCACUGAGGAGUGACGGGAAAACAAGACAGCCUCAGAACAGAGGGACACGAGCCGCUGGAAAGGAGGGACGAAUAAGCUCGCUGGCCAAUGGGGACGCAGGACCGAAGGACAGCGUGGUGUGUCUGACCAAUGAGCAGCUACAGAAGAUCCUCAACACAGUCCAGACCUCCAGUAUUGGUCAAGACCCAGUAGAGGACCACGGGACUCAUGGGAGUGGUAGUGAUGGUUGUGUUGACAAAGCUGGCUCCUCAAUGAAUGGAGGAGGAGGAGGAGAUACGAAGGAGGAAGAUAGAGGAGGAGGAACUGAUACCAGUGGAAGAUCACAGGAUAAAGACAACAGGUUGUCUGGAUGUCCGUUCAGCUGGCUGGAGGAGCGACAGUCAGAAAGCAGAGCGGCCAUCGAUGCCAAGAAGGCUCUGUGGAGGAGAGAACUCGAUGAGCAACUGGCGUUGAAGCAGCAGCAGCAGCAGAGUUCGGCUCCUGGCAGACUCCAGGGUGAGGAGGACGCAGAGAGUGUGUUCUCAGUUCAGAGCUCCUUCAGCCACAGAGAUCAGCAUGCAGCCAUCAGAUCCAGCCUCAGACUGGGGGAGGUCACCCCGAUGGAGGAGGUGCUGAGUGUGGAGAGGAGAGAGGAGCAGAGGAGACGCUGGCUGGAGGAGCUGGACCAGCAGAGAGAGGAGACCAGUGAACGCAGGAGACGAGAGAAACUGCUGCAGAGCCAGACGGAAGACCACGAUCUUUGGGCGAAACACUUUGACUCUCUGCAGAGGAGACCUCCAGUCCAGACCGCUGCUCCGUCAGCUCCGUCAGCUCCGUCAGCUCCUCCAGCUCCGUCCAUUGGCUCUGAGCGAGGGGACUGGGAGCCCUCGUCCAGUCUGUCCCUGGUCUGGGAGGCCACGAGCAGCUGUGGAGCCGAGAGUGUGGGGGGAGCCAGCGUAGACACAACCAGCGGAUACCCGGCCAGAGCCAGCUAUCUGAGAACCAUGACCGCCCUGCUGGACCCCGCCCAGAUAGAGGAGAGAGACAGGAGGAGGCUCAAGCAGCAGGAGCAGCAGCGAGCGAUCCAGGCCCAGGUGGAGGAGCGUCGGCUGCAGAAGAGGAGAGAGGAGGCGAGGAGGAGAGAGGAGCUGGAGGAGGAGGAGAGGAGGGUGGCGCUGGAGAGAGAGAUGAUGGAGAGACGGUACAAGAUGGACACACAGAGGGAGAGGCAGAAGUCAAGCAACCAGGAGGAGCAGCCAGAGACGGGACAAGACCAAGACAACGGGAGAAAGCCGGAGACUCUGGAGACAAAUGUGAACAGGCAGAGCGAGUGUUUGGAGGAGGAGGUCAACAGUUCAUCCUCCCCGUUCAAAGACACGGCUGUACAGACCGAAGCAGCUCCCUCUCUACCACUCAGACUUCAGACUCCUGACGUCUCUGCACAGUACCAGCCUCCUCCUCCUCCUCCUCUCUCUGCUGCUCCUCCAAACAUCAGGAACCAAGCGGUGAGAACAGGAAAGGAGAACGUCUGUCUGCCAGCAGCAGCAGCAGGAGGAGGUGGAGGAGGAGCAGGAGGAGCAGGAGGAGCAGGAGGAGGAGGAGGAGAAGACCCAUAUGAAGCGUUUGCCAGGACAGAUAGGAGCAGAAAGGACAAGAGGAGGCCGGAGUGGAACACACAGAGGCCCAGCCGUCGGUUCGUUCCAGCCUCGCAGCGUUACCCGGCCCCUCUGCAGAGGAACAGACAGGAGAGUCGACAGAAGAGGCAGGCCGAGCUCCUCGCUCUGCAGGAGAGGACUUGUGUGUCCAGGACCAACCCUCCUCCUCCUCCUCCUCUUCCUCCUCCUCAGCACCAGGAGCCUCGUCUCUGCUCCAACCCCACACAGACCAGAACCAGUCCCACCAGGAGGGCGGAGAAUGUUUCCAGAGGACAGAGCAUCUUGGCAGCCAUCAACUCUGAAAGGGGGCGCUCUCCUCCCGACCCCACUGUUGGACACAGAGUUCAGGGUCAGCAGGCUCCUCCUCCUCCUCCUCCGGAGUUCAUUCCUUACGUCCGGACUGAUGAAGUCUUCAACAUGGAUCCACUGGAGCCUGCUGACCCCCCACCGCCCCACACAGGUCAGACACACACACACACAGAAGCUCCUCCUCAGAGCUCAGCGUCUCCUCCUGCUCCCUCACAUCGGCUCCUCCACUCUGAACUGCUGCGUAACACACAGACUCACCGACAGCAGGAGAUCCUCAGAGGCCUGGCCCAGCUACGGCAGGGUUUGUUGCAGAAGCAGAGGGAGCUGGAGACGGAUCUGAAUCCUCUGCUGAAGCGCCAUGACAACGAGCACCGGCCGCCCACGGCAACGCUCCGCAAGUGACCUCUGACCCCAGCUCCAUAUGUGUGUGUGUGCUGAUAGUGUUUGGUAGAGCCGUCACGGAGAACAUUUAAAAACAGGAGCUCGUUCAGUCGUCCAUCUCUCAGACAUUGAAUGUUCAAAGUGCCAAAAGUCAGAGUUUACUUAGAUUUUGGGAGUUUUAAAAGUGAAGCUGAUUGUAUCAGAGUGAAUGUGAGACUUUUGAUUUGGGGUCGUUUCAGGAGGCAGAAGUGAUUGUUUUUCUUUCUCUUGGCAGCAUCUCAGUAAAUUAUAGAAGCCCUGAAAAAGAAAAGAAAAAAAUCAGGUGAUCCAUGUUUAUAACGCUAAUAUAAAUAGUUUCAUCUCUUACUUUAAGAUUAUCUUUCCUAUUUUUUUCUAAAUCAGUGAAAAAGGUGGAAAACAGGUGAAUUUUUGUUGUUGUUGUAAUACUUAUUUUGGCCACAAGAGGCUAAAGUGCACCACAACCCUGUGUUUCUAAAAAAGACUAAAAUCAUAUUUUCUUACAGGUGAUUCUAAAUUAUGUUAUGUAUUAUAUUAAGUUAUGUAAAUUAAAACUUACCUGGAAAAAACAAACGCUUUAAAUCAUAAUCCACUUUUUUCUCCCCCACCUGUUUCAGAAAUUAAUUUGACCAUAGAAUUUUUUUUUAUCUUUAUAAAAUCAUAAAGACAUUAAACUUUUACAUCAGACUCAGAAAAUGGAUCACCAGAUUGUUAUUGUUUUUCUCACUUUCCUCUCUGGGCUUCCGUAGUAAAUAGUCUUAUAUAAGACUAUCUUAUCUUAUCUUAUUGUAAGACCCUUAAAUCUUAAAGAGCACUUUGCAGUUCUGUUACUUUCACUGUUGAAAACAAAUGUCUGUGUGCAUCUUUUGAGCACCAAGUGUGUUAUUUGUUUAUUUACCACAAACAAUGUUACUUAGUCAGUAAAAAUGUAUUUUUACUGACUAAUUCAUUUUAUUUAAUUAAUCUCAUGGUAUUUCUAAAUUGUUUGAACCUGAUUUUAAGUGACAGCUUCUAAGGGGAGACAAACCACUACUAUUGGAGCUGGUCUGGGUUCAUUUUUACGAACCAUCAACUGUGAUGGCAGCUAAACAGACGUCGUCAUAGUAACAGGGACAAACAUUUGCUUGCAUCACAUACCAAACUAAAGUGUGAGUUUCCGGUUAAAGACGAGGACUCGACCUUCUUUAAAUCUGCUCCAUCAGUUCUACCUCACAUCAAGGUUAUAUUAUGACAUGUUCAUCACUAACUGAAUUCAUUCAGGGUUUUUUAAGUAACAUUUUCCAUAAGAAUGACACUGUACCAAACACGUAUCGAGGGUAACUUUUGUUUUUUUGAAGCAGAGGAGCACAGCACUUAUUUAAAUCAUGAAUAAAAUAUGAAUUGUUAUUUUAGUUUCUUCAGCUUCCUGCUGGCCGAGGAGCUCCAUGUUUCUUUA